AUGGUUUCGUACUUCCUACUCUGCGAGACAACAUGGGGGGCGGAGCAAAAUGAGUUUCAGGAACUGGACUGGGCAUGUCCCGGGGCAAAGUAUGGUGUCGCCAAUUACCUGAUGGCUUCCUAUUACCGCCAAGCGCUUGCAAAAAAGCGGCAGCUGACAGUGGAGAUAGACACACACCCAGCUAGUUGCAUAGAUUUUCUUUUGCGAGCGCUGCCCUCCUUGCUUUUUGCGGAAGUGGUGGCCAUCAGUGUGAAAGACCACGGCCAGGCAGUUUUUCAUUCUGAUAUUUCAGGAGAAGAGCUCCCAUUUGAGGUUCAUUACACCUUUGCUUUAAUUCGCGUGUUGAAGCGCUUGGGAUUUCGAACCGUAAGUAGUUUGGAGAGCCCACCUGAUGGGAAGGCUUACAUCUAUUAUACAACGCAGGACUGUUCAGCUUUCGCCAUUGAAGCGGUCGUGGCUGCUCGCGGACGAGCUGCGAUUGAAGAACAUCGAAAACGCUUUAAGAAUGUGUCGAAGACAAACUACGCAAAUGCCAAGCACAAGUGUUUGCUAAUCAUUGGAAGGAAGGGCCACCAAUUGAGAAAACUUGUGCAAGACACGUGGGGUGGUUUAGCGGGUAUAGAGAUUGUUGGACUUGCUGCCAAUUCAGCACACACCGGCUACCAUGUCUAUGUCAAGCAGCAAGAGCAGCAAGGUAAGGAAGUCUUGGACUUCUACAUCCCAUGCGAUGGAGUUGCAAGGAGCUUUUCCUUCAAGGAUGAAGAACCAUUCUUUGAGAUCAGUUCUGCCCAGAAGUUCAAAUCCAUUCAGCCAGGACGGUGAUACAUUCGAGCAGAUUGGCAACGCUUUCCCAAUUGACCCAGUGCACUCCAAUAUUGCCUACUUGAAGAAAGCAAUCAAGAAGGAGGAACUAUCCAUUGCGCCUUCCAAAAUUGAUAUUUUUAGCCAACAGGAUGGAAGUUGGAUUAGAGAAGAAAAGAUGUCGGCAAGCCUUCGCGACACGGAUGAACCCAUCACUUGGUGUUUUGUUUUGAGCAGCUUUUAAACAUGCAGGGCUUCAAACUGAUGUCAAUGUUACGACCUUAUGAUGUAUUUUUGUUUUGUUUGCCGCCUCUGAGUUUGGGUCGAGAAACAACUGUUUUGACCACACUUCAAGUUUGUGUUUUUCCCUCCAGUUUUAAGGACAGAUUGCUAUGGCUUCACAUUGCCAUCAGCGUGAGUGCAGCGUUACGCCUAGCGUUCCACUUGUUUUGCCCUUCUGUGGCUGAGGUGAAACCAAUUGAGAGUAAGGGUUCCCAAUAGUUUCACCGAAUUCCAUCUUUGGAGUAAAUGUAGAGUGGAUGUCGCUGUGGCAUGACCGUGCAUCACUCACAAGAUAUGAGACUUGACACUGCGUUGACACUCUUGUCCAGCAGGUUGUGCACACAGCGGGUGAAGAAACAGUGAACCAAGAAGCUGUUCAAGAUACGUUUCACUCGGGCAAUGUAUACGCCCAAGCACAGCCACGAAUCCAACCAUGCAUCGUGAGAAAAGGUAAGUGCUUGAUUUUGAACCG